CAAGAAUGACAAAACAAUCUUAUUUCCAAGCAGUGAAACAACAAUCGCCUGUUGACAGUGAUGUAAAAAAGAGUCUGACAAAAUUUGAACAGUUUUUAUGUGAAAAUCACUUUAGAAUUGAAAUAAGGGGUAAAAAAGGCAGAAAAGUUGCAGUGAUAUUAACAAAAGAAAUGAAAGAAAAUAUUGAUCAUCUGUUGUCUUUAAGUGACAAGGGAACAAUGUAUGUGUUUCAAAAUACCAGUUCUCGUUUUCCUAUCCGAGGAAGUGAUGCACUUAGGAAAAUGGUUAGAGGAGCAGACAUAAGAAAUCCUGAAACAGUAACAUCAACUUCACUAAGAAAACAAUUAGCGACAAUGUCACAGGUACUUCAUAUGAAUGACAAUGACCAAGACAUUCUUGCCAAAUUUAUGGGGCAUGACCUUCAGAUCCAUCGUGAGUUCUAUAGACUUCCCCAGAAUACUCUUGAAGUUGCCAAAGUAACAAAAGUUCUGCAUGCCAUCAACAGUGGAAAUAUUUCACAGAUACAAGGGAAAAAUCUUGAUGAAAUAAAUGCGAUGGAUGUUGUAGAUGCUGAAGUGUUGAGCGACGAGGAUGAUGAUGAUGAAGAGUAUAAUAAUGAUAAUUGUGACGCUUCUGACAGAUUCUGCCAAGUACCAGAAUCCCCAGAUGAUACCUCGACAGAUUCUGAAUCUAUACAAAACAAACAGCAACAUAAGAAACAUCGCAUUGGUAAAACUUACCCCAAGAAAGGUUUGAGAAAACCAUGGACCGGAAUAGAAAAAGACACCGUUAAAAAAGAAUUGCACAGAUGUUUUUUAUUGGAGAAAUUACCAUCAAAAAGAGAAUGUGAAGAACUUAUAAAUAAGGAGCCAUGUUUGAAGGAACGAUCAUGGACAAUGAUAAAAGGUUUUGUACGAACAACUUUAGCAUCACAAAAGCGUCAGAUUGAAAAGAAAAGAAAAGAACAUUAGAUUUGUAAAGCAGUAAAUAUGUUAUUAAGUAUUGAUAUCUUCAGUACGGUACCCUCUCUGAACAUGCACAUGAAUUUUGAAAAUACUAGGCACAAAUAGUCACAAUAAUAAGAUGAUAUGUCAUGCGUAACAUCUGUGUCCCUUCCGCCAAGGUCAAGGUCACUCUUAGAAGUCAAAUAUUUACAUAGUCUGUUAUAGGGUAUAUUUUGUGUCCAGUCCAUAACUUUUUCAUAGAUAAAAGGAUUUUAAAAAUACUUUGCACAAAUAAUCACAAUAAUAAGAGGAUAUGUCAGGCGCAAAACAUGGGUUCCACUUAGGUUACACUUAGAGGUCAAAGAUUAACAUAGUCUGUUAUAGGGUAUAUUUUUUGUCUGAUCUAUAACUUCUUUAUAGUUCAAGGGAUUUUAGAAAUACUUGGCACAAAUAGUUACAAUAAUAAGAUGAUUUGUCAUGCACAACACGUGCACUCCUCCCUUCAGUGUGAAGGUCACACUUAGAGGUCAAAGCUUGAUAUAAUAGAUUUUUAAAUUCUGUGUAUCAUUUUUGUGUCGCCUCUACGGAGUAGUGGCGACAUAUAGGGAUCACUUCUCCGUCGUCUGUCCGUCUGUCUGUCUGUCCGUCCGUCCGUCACAAAACUUGUCCGGGCUACUGCUCAUAAACUACUGGUGCAAUUUCAUCCAAACUUUACAGGAAUGAUCAGUACCAAGUCUAGUUGUGCAUAUUGUCAGCAUUUUCCGGUUCAAUGAUUUUUGUCAGAGUUAUGGCCCUUUAAUAAUUUUUAUUUUUAAAGUUUGUCCGGACUACUUCUCUUAUACCACUAAUGCAAUUUCAAUGAAACUUUACAGGAUUGAUCUAUAGCUCAAGUCCUUGGGCAUAUUGCACGGGUUUUCCGGUUGAAUGAUUUUUGGCCGAGUUAUGGCCCUUUGACAAAAAGGUGUUUUUUUCUGUGUGUUGCCACAUACACAAAAGCUUGUCUGGACUACUCCUCAUAAACUACUGGUGCAAUUUCAUCCAAACUUUACAGGAAUGAUCAGUACCAAGUAUAGUUGUGCAUAUUGUCAGCAUUUUCCGUUUCAUUGAUUUUUGUCAGAGUUAUGGCCCUUUAAUAAUUUUUAUUUUUAAAGUUUGUCCGGACUACUUCUCUUAUACCACUAAUGCAAUUUCAAUGAAACUUUACAGGAUUGAUAUGUAGCUCAAGUCCUUGCGCAUAUUGCACGGGUUUUCCUGUUGAAUGAUUCUUGGCCGAGUUAUGGCCCUUUGAUAAAAAGGUCUUUUUUUCUGUGUGUUGCCAGAUACACAAAAGCUUGUCCGGACUACUCCUCAUAAACUACUGGUGCAAUUUUAUCCAAACUUUACAGGAAUGAUCAGUACCAAGUCUAGUUGUGCACUGUUCGUCUGUCUGUCUGUCACAAAAUUUGUCCCAACAUGAAAUUGGCCAUCAUGAGGCGACACAUGUGAUUACUGAUCACUCUUGUAUUUCUUUUAUAAAUUUAUUGUUGAAUUUGCAGAAAUAGCAUUGAUCAUAUUUUUUGACUGAAAGUCCUGAGAGCCAUACCUCAAUCUUUUGAAAUAACACAAUUUUAUGCUUCAUAUAAUACUUCCCCGAGGCGGGGGACGUUGGUAACUCUGUUACAAAUUCUUGUUGUUCAGGCUCUGAGAUUCAAUUACACAUGUAAGGUAAUUUUUUUAUCAAAGUUACCUUUUGGGGGUAUAAGUCACUUUUCAGUGGCAGCUCUUGUAUGUAUCAUCAGGGUUGCCAGCGGACUUGAAAAGUCAGGGAAAUUGUGUACUUUUUCAAGGUCAGGGAAUUGUCAGGGAAUUUUGAAAUUUGGUCAGUGAAAAAUGAAAAUCCUGAAAAGUCAGUGAAAAGUCAGGGAAAAAUUAUUUCAAAGGUCGAAAAAUAUACACAUUGAAUGUCUUUCUUGGCUAUGGCAGUCUUUGGCAUUUAAUAUUUGACUUUAUCACUCUCACAGUUAAGCAUUAAAUUCAAAUAACAGUAAACUGUGAUAUUAAGAAGCAUUAUAUGUUAACUUAGUGAUUAUAAUACCCAUUAUUUACCUUAGAACAUCAUUCAGCCUAAAGACUGAAUGUUACAGUUAUGCCUCUCAUUGUAUUCUGUAUUGGUCUAGCUAUUUCUGUGCAUGAUCACUAGAAGUGCUUUUACUUACUAGCAAUAUCUAGUCAGUACAUUGUAUUCUGUAUUGGUCUAGCUAUUUCUGUGCAUGAUCACUAGAAGUGCUUUUACUUACUAGCAAUAUCUAGUCAGUACAUUGUAUUCUGUAUUGGUCUAGCUAUUUCUGUGCAUGAUCACUAGAAGUGCUUUCACUUACUAGCAAUAUCUAGUCAGUACAUUGUAUUCUGUAUUGGUCUAGCUAUUUCUGUGCAUGAUCACUAGAAGGGCUUUUACUUACUAGCAAUAUCUAGUCAGUACAUUGUAUUCUGUAUUGGUCUAGCUAUUUCUGUGCAUGAUCACUAGAAGUGCUUUCACUUACUAGCAAUAUCUAGUCAGUACACUGUAUUCUGUAUUGGUCUAGCUAUUUCUGUGCAUGAUCACUAGAAGGGCUUUUACUUACUAGCAAUAUCUGGUCAGUACACUGUAUUAUUUAUUGGUCUAGCUAUUUCUGUGCAUGAUCACUAGAAGGGCUUUUACUUACUAGCAAUAUCUGGUCAGUACACUGUAUUAUUUAUUGGUCUAGCUAUUUCUGUGCAUGAUCACUAGAAGGGCUUUUACUUACUAGCAAUAUCUAGUCUGUACACUGUAUUCUGUAUUGGUCUAGCUAUUUCUGUGCAUGAUCACUAGAAGGGCUUUUAAUUACAAACAAAAUCAAGUCAGUAUACAUGUAUACCAAACUACCAUAUUGGCAUAUAACCUGCUUUGACACUAAGAAAUUGUACAAGAGGAUUUGUCUUGCAAACAUGAUGGAAACUGGUUAAAUUAUGCAAUGCUAUGUUUUUCACACUAACUUUUUUCACACUAACUUACUUCACUCAUUCAAAGUCUUUAAUUUUAUAGUGAUUAUUUCAUGAAAUGCCAAAAUGAGCCCUAUGUUCUUGUUUUCACAAUCAGUGGAGUUUAUCAUGAUGCCUUAUACAAGUAACUGUGUUAAAUGUUUAUUGUUCUUAUAGUUUAGAUAUGUUUGAAUUUUAGGUUUUGUCAUACAAGUAUUACUCUUAUAGUCUCGGUGUUUUAUGUGUUACUAUUAGGAAGGAAAGAGUGACUUAUGUGAUUUCUAAUACAGAUGCUUAUAUUAUGAUUCUUCUGAUUUUCAUGUCAUAUGUUUCACAUGUUUCACUGACCAAAAGUCACACUGUGUUUGAAUACAAAUAGUUAAGAAUAGUAGAACACAAUGUUUGAAUCAUUACUUUGAUGUAAAUGUUUUAUAUUUUGGAAAAUAAAUACAAGUUUACAUGCAAAAAUAUAAUGAGAGGAUUGGACGGCUAUAGGGGAGGUCAGGAGGCCGUUUAUGUGUUUAACGAUUUUGGUCAGUGAAAAACAUGAAUUGGUCAGUGAAAAGUCAGGGAAAAGUCAGGGAAUUUUAUUUCACCCAAGUGCUGGCAACCCUGAUCAUAUAUUUUAAUCAUGUUAAUACUCGAGUUUUGUUUGUAAUGGAAUCUUUAAUCUGGAAAAUGAAUUUGUAAUGAGAAGCAGGAGUUGAUUUAUAAAGGUGUAAUGAAUUUGUUGUUUUUUUUUGGUUUUUUUGUUCUAUGCUGUUACAUACUUUAAUCUGUUGGUUAUGUAAUGUUACAAAUAGAGGGUGCAUAGACCACGAAAGGUAACAACUUAGUCACUGAUUGGCAAGAAUGUUAAUUAUCUGGAUAUAUUCUAGUGGGUCAUCUAGGAAAAACUAGGAUAUGACAAUGUAUGAGGAUUAAUGUCAUUAUCACAGAAUACAUGUACUUCAAGAUCUUGAUUAUUUGAAAAGAAUGAUAUUUUUGACAGAACUUGCAUUAAGUGGCUAGAAAGUUGUCUGGAGGAAAGCAAUAUCAAUUUUGUACAUUAAUUUUUUUCCAGGUAUUUUUCUUGUUGUUGUACUUAUAUUGUUAUCAAUAUCCCAAACAAGCAAUUUGUAGUCAUUUUAGCCAUCGAAAGGGAUGUGAAUGCUAUGAAAACAUAUCUACAAUAGUAUAAAUCCCAAUAUUCAAACACAUUUUCAAAAAAGUUAUGCAGCCUAGAUUUUAAGUCUAAAUUAUUCUUCAUUGUAGUAAAACAAAUUUGACCAUGAAGUUUAUCAUAUUAAUUGUUUUGAAGAGGCAAUGUCAUAUUCACACAAGAUGACUUAUUUGAAUGUAACUUUACUGUGAUUUUAUUUUUCCACAAUUUCUUGACAUUCAUUAGUGGUUUCAUUAAAUAAAUGGAAUCAGGAGGAUAAUGUUUUGGCGUUGUCCGUCCAGAUUUCUUUUCCAUGCUAGGUUUCUGCAAUUACUGACUGGAAUUCAACGAAACUUUAUGGGAAUCAUCAAUACCAAGAGAUACGCAUAAUCAUCACAUUGAACCAUGAUAAGUAUGCAGUAUGCAUAAAGAUCAUUUUUAGAUCAAUAAUCGUUUCUGCACUGUUUCUCAGCAACUACUGCCUGGAAAUUUAUUAAACUUUAUAGGAACUAUUAAUAAAAAAAGGCAAUUUGCAUCUCAUUCGCAUGUCCAGAUAAUACUAUUUAACACAGAGUUAUGGCCUCUGUUAUUGCUCUGAAUUUUUAGCGACUACUCGAGACAACAUGAGAGCUAUUGUAGUAGUCCCGGCGUCUCAUUGGUUAAAGUUUUUUGUAAAUUCAAAUAUCUCAAUUAUUGCUUGAGAUAUUCAAUUGAAACUUGCAAUACUUAUUUAUAGUAACAAUGUACAUCAGAUUGACAAGUUGGAUAACUCUGCCUACAAUUUUGACAGAAUUAUGCCCCUUUUUAACUUAGAAAUUUUGGUUAAAGUUUUUUGUAAAGUCAAAUAUCUCAAUUAUUGCUUGAGAUAUUCAAUUGAAAUUUACAAUACUUUUUUAUAGUAACAAUGUACAUGAGUAUGCAAAAUCGCAUAACUCUGACUGCAAUAUUUGCAGAAUUAUUUGCCCCUUUGAAACUUAGAAAUUUUGGUUAAAGGUUAAAGGUCUUCAAAGAUAAUCACUUGAAACUUUACACAUGUACUUAUGGUCAUAAUUGGAGAGUCAUAAUUGUAUGUCACUGACCAAGUUCCAUUACUCUACUCGCAUUUAGGCUGAUUGAUCUCCCCUUUUCUACUUAGUCUCUUGGUUAAUGUUUACAUGCAAGUUUUACAUAUCUCAAUAACUACUAGUAUUAAAGAUAUUUAUUUAAAACUUAGAAUCCUAAUUGUAUGUCACUGACCAAGAUCCAUAAUUCUAUCUUGCAUUUAGGCUGAUUUUUCGCCCCUUUAUCAACUUAGAAAUUCAUGGUAAAGUUUGCUUGUAGAGGUUAUCUCCAUAAAUAGUUUGUGCCGUUUUUGGGAUAUUUUUAUGCAUUCAUAAUAAAGCAGUGAUUUACUUGAUAAAACAUUUUAAUAACAAGCCUUUGUACCUUUUUGGUCAAUUUUAUGUAUUCAUAGGUAAUUAGCAUUAUUAUACUUCAUAAAACACCCUUGUGACAACUUUUUGAAUAGUCGAGCCAAUACUGUCCUUCGACAGUUCUUGUUAUCAUAUCAAAGAAUAUUACUGUUUAUACCUUGAUAAAUAUAUAAAUAAAGCCUUAUGUCUCCAGUUGUUGUGUUAGUAAUAACCAGUUUUGGCGGGGGGAUACAAAUUCAAGGAAAUUGCUUGUAUAGAAGUUAAAAUCAAGGCUGAACAAUCAAGAUUUGAAACUUAAAUGUAGUGCUUAAUGAAAACAAUGCUAAAUUAGUUUUCAAGUUUUUAAAGAUAAUAUAUUCAAUUCAAGAGAAAAUAACCUUUUGAAUUAUCUUGUUUGAAGUAAUAUUGGUUUGUAUAUGAAACAUCGAAGUGGAUACUAUGUAAUCGAGACAUUCAAAGUACACCAUAAUGUUCAGUUGAAACUUUGUUGUUGUUGUUAGCUCACCUGUCACAAAGUGACAGGGUGAGCUUUUGUGAUUGCUUUUCGUCCGGCGUCGGGCGUCCGUAAACUUUAAAUGACGUCUCCUCAUAAACCACUAAGCCAAUUUCAUCCAAACUUGGCCCCGCCCCAUGUCAUUGAUUUUCCUUAUAUGUGUAAAGCAAAAACUCACAAAUCUUCUUCGAAAAAUCAGAAUAGCUAGAGGUCAGAUAUUAAGCAUGAAACAUUUUCUAGUAAGUGUCUACAAAGAUUGUUCAAAUAAAAGCCCUGGGGUCCAAACUGGCCCUGCCCCAGGUGUGUCAUUGUUUUUAACUUUAUGUGUAAAGAAAAAACUUGACCAGCUAGACCUUAGCAUGAAACAUCUUCUAAUGGGUGUCUACAAAGUUUGUUUAAAUAAAAGCCCUGGGGUUUAAACUGGCCCCGCUACGGGGGCCUAUAUACAGGUGAGCAACUUCAGGGCCAUCAUUGCCCUCUUGUAUUUAUUAACUUUCUUUAAUUGAAUUUUUUUUAAAUAAAUCAAGUGCAAAGAAUUUUGUUGAGAGGUUUUUAUUAUUUUUGAUAUAUUCCUCAAGUUUAUUUUUAUUUAUUUAUAUGUAUGUUUUUGCUCAUUUAAUUUGUAACUAGCCAACUAUGAAUUGAAACUCCACAAAACAUACAUAGAUAUUUUUAGUCCCCUACCGGUUUAUCGGAGGGGAUUUUAGGUUUACCCUCCGUCUGUCCAUCUGUCUGUCCGUCCGUCCGUCAGUCCGUCCACAAAACUGGAUCCCGCGAUAACGCAAAAAGUACUGAAAAUAUUUUAAUGAAACUUGAUAUAUGGAUAGAUGGCAGUAUGGAGAUUAUGCACGUCUUUUUUUUUCUUCUUAUGUUGAAAAUUCUGGUUGCUAUGGCAACAAAUAGACUGAAAAUAUGGCAAAUUUUACACAUAACCUGGAUCCAGUGAUAACGCAAAAAGUACUGAAAAUAUGUUUAUGAAACUUGACAUAUGGAUAGAUGACAGUAUGGAAAUUAUGCACGUCUUUUUCUUUUCUUCCUAUGUUGAAAAUUCUGGUUGCUAUGGCAACAAAUAGACUGAAUUUCAAGAUUUCUGAUUCUAGUUUUUAAGUUUUUUCACUAUAAGUUCUUUAUUUCUUAAGGUAUUUUCUUCAAACUUUAAAUAUUAGUAGCUUGUCAUCAACCACAUCAUAUGUGACAAGGUUUACAACUCUAGCACAAAAUUUAUCAGAAUUACCUCCCUUGAACCUAAAAUUUUCAUGAAAAAAAACAUUGUUUUUUUUUAAUAACUUCUUUUUCUGAAUGUAUCUACUUCAAACUUCAUAUAAAUAUUUCUUAUUAUCACUCAACAUUUGUGAGUGUUCAAUACUCUAGCAAGACUUUUUCCAGAAUUAUGCCCCUUUUGAACUUAGACUUUCUUUUGAGAAAUUGGUAAUUUUUACUCCAACUUCUUCAAUCAUGAUAGGAUUUUAAAAAUUUUAUAUUUUGAUAACAGGGAUGGUUAAAAAAUAACUUUAGAGUGUCCUUCAGUCCGUCUGUCUGUACAUAAAAACUGUGUCCUGUGAUCACUUUUAAAGAACUUUUUCAACAAAUUUACUUAAAAUAGGAACCUAAGUGAAUGGCCAAUGGCCCUUCAGAAUGUUGAUUGGGCUCUUACCGGUAGGGGACUUAUGGAUUGCUUGCAAUACUAUGAUAAUUGCUUGUAUUUUAAUGAACUUUUUGUUAUACACUGUAUAUGUAUAUUCAAAAUUUUAGUUUUUAUUCAAUAUCAGAUUGCUUGUUACAUGAAGACUGUAGUUUUAAUGUUUGUUUUAAUGAAUAGUAUAAAGCUUCUGAAAAAAUGUUUUGAAUUUUAGAUAUUUAUGUUAUUAGCUAUGUUACUGUGUUAUGAGAAAGUUAAUGUAGUGAAGUGUAGUUAUGUUAUUAUGUAUGUGUGAGAGUAGAUUAGAUGUAAGAAUGGGCUAUUUAUGAAUUGUAAGGUAAUGGCCAUGUGUUUCAAUAAAUGAUGUGUUAAAAUAAAAAAAA